UUUUCGCAAUUAGCACCAUUUCACUGACAUGUAACCUUAUUUUUUGACCUAACACUCGGUCUGUCAAUUCUUCCUGGUUCAUGGCAUAUAUAGAAAUGUCGUGGAAUGAAAAUAGUGAUAAUAAAUAAAGAGAGAAAGUCGUGAACGGUGAAGUACGUGUGGAUCGGAUCUCGACUGUACUCCGUGUCCCUGGCCUGGACAAGUCGGAAGUCCCUUACUCAAGUUACUGUACUCAGUCAUAGGCCUACCCACAUUUCAGAUGACAUUAUAAGUGACAGGCAGCAAAAAUGAUGUCUACCAAACUUCACAACUGCCUGGCAGAGAUGUUGGUUGCAGUUGGCAUGGAUAUGGACUCGGGACUCCAUCCUUCGAAUGAGCCAGCAGAUCCAGAUGACCUGAGCAUCCAUGGAAUAUACCAUGAAAGGUUCGACCCACAGGUUAUCGCAGCCAUCACCAAGACCACGGCCACAUUUCCCCAAGCGCAGAUGCAGACAGACUGGCGUUACCCUCCUCCAGAGAUGAACCCAAACCGCAGAAAGGGACAUGGGCGCAACGAAAACAGCUUGAUGAUGAGGAAGAGAAUGUCAAGAAAAUUUUCGACUAUUCCAACGGAUCAUUUAGCCAUCCGUCGCCAGAGUCGUAGGAUAUCGUCCAAACCAACUCCAAGUGCUGAAGUCAUCAUUUCACCAGAUAUUGUGAAUUCGUUGCCAACUUUGUGUUUCCCAGAAGGAGCAUAUGUUUCUUCCAUUAAGAGUCCAGAACAAGUACAAUACCAAGUCCUGACCGAUAUCACUGGAAAUCGCACAUAUGCUACAUGUCUUACUCUAUACAGGCCCUUCAUUGCAAAAAAGUCUCGAAGUGGGGCAACAUUUAACCUUCAGCAUGAAGACGCCGGUGUUACUCAGGAGAGCGAUGAGGUCAAGUGCUAUGUUCCCGUCUGUUUGAUUCUUAUAUCAAAGUAUCCGUAUCUCACAGUCUUGAAGGACUGUCUGUCAACAAUUGUGCCACGUAUCGGGUACAACCCUGAAGACUUGUCCUCGUACCUGAAGGAGUUGGCAAUCAGAGUGACCAUGACGCCAGUGCCACCUGCUGGACGAUUAGGACUGACAUUCGAUUUAUUUGGUGCUAAGAUCCUGCUCCACCCAAGUGACUACCCAGACAAACCAGUCGUGGACAUUCCGCUAAGCUGCGUCUUUUUCUGUUUUUCUCUCGACACCAUCCUGAGGAUCUUGUCUUGCCUCCUGACGAUGCAGCGAAUUGUCUUCAUGUCCAGUAACUAUGCACUUUUGACGGUCAUAUCAGAGAGUUUUCUCUCCUUCAUCUUGCCGUUCCAUUGGAGAUUCACCUAUGUUCCCGUCCUCCCUGAUCGUCUGCUCGAAUUGAUUGAUGCACCAGGAACGUACAUCCUUGGAUGCCACUCCUCACACAGAGACGAAAUUGAACAGGUUGAAGGUCUUGUGACGGUCGACAUUGACAAUGGCACUGUCCACAUUUGCGAAACAAUCGAAUGCAGCAUUCCAGACAUACCCGUUGAGCCAGCGACCAAGUUUAGGGAAGUUUGCAAGAGAGCUCGACUACAUUAUGAACUGGAAGAAGUUAGAAGCCCAUCACCUCAAUCGGCGGAAGAAGCAAUGGCUGCCAGGCAGAAACAUACGCAGCAAUUCCAUCGCGACAUCUUAGCCGCGUCCCUGGAGCUGAUGGUGAACUUAUUCAGGGAGGUGACGUUCAACUUGAAUGUGGAGCGAUCUUAUUUCAAUAUGGAGGGGUUCCUUCAAUCACAGGCGGAAGAGGAUAGGCAGUUUUACCAAGACGUUGUCAAGACGGACAUGUUCAACCGAUUCCUCCGAGAACGACUCGGCCAGAAGAGAGACUACUGGACAGCGUUGGAGGACAGGACAAAGUCGGUGCUGCGGCCGUCCAUCGGGAUGAUCACAGACAAGGGAGAAAAUAGCGUGGUUGAUUCUCCUCGAGUCAGUCGGAGACAGAAACACAGUAGUGUGAUGGAUCAGUUACGUGUUCGACCAGCAGUGUCGUUAUCAGCCAGACGACAGUCGACGUCAUAUUCUCUGCUGAUUGCUUCAAAUGAAGUCGAUAUCGAGGUUAUGGUCUUACCGCGGUACAUCCAGGAGGGUCCUGGUGCAAAACAUUUCCUCGAGCGAUGCAUCAUGGAAUUUACAAGAAAAAUUGACUCAUCAAAAUCUGCUAGUCUUCGUGCGUCCUGCCUCUACCUACGCGGAAUGGUCAACCUCGCCCUGGGACACCUCAUCGAGAGCCUUGAGGACUUUCAUAGCCUCGGUGCUCAGGACACAAGGCUUUAUCCAUCAGCUGUAUUCGAUGAAACACUGGCCAUGUUAAACCACACCAACCAAUCCGAACAGCUGACGGAAUCGUCCAUCUACAAGACGUACAUGUUGAAUAAGGUGUCCAAUAACCUGGUCCCCCUGGAAGAAGAACAAGACAUCCAGAUUGAAGUAAACGUCGUACCUGAGGAAGACGUCACUUUCUAUGCCUUUGAAGAGAAAAUACAGCUGGCAGAGAUUGCAGGAGACCGCGACACGAUCUUCAGGCUCUUUAAUGCUCUCACUGUUGGCAAGACGUUGCAGAGUGGCCAGCAGGAGUUUCUCGUUGACAAGGACACAUUUCAGAUUUUCUACGAGUGUUGGAAGGAGAAUGAAGAUCAGUGUCUGAGUUUGAAUACUCCCGAUGACAUGCUCGAUGCUAAUGAAGGUGUCAUGAAGGUCUCGUCACUCAUCAAGACUGAUAAAGGCAGCGGAAGGAUGAUGCUCACAUCGAAAAGGCUGUUCUACAUCCAGCAGGGUUCUGAUAAUUACGUUGAGGUGAUACGACUACGAGAUGUCGAGAACCUCGAGAAGAUUCAGGUCAAUGCGUUCCUCAUCAGUGUCGACGCUAUCAAGAUUCAUAACAAAGACAAGAAAAAGGCGCCGUUCAUGGCUUGUCUGAAGGAGGAACGUAACCAGUGGUACCUGCUCAUUGAGGAGAUGCGGAGUGGGCUCGUCAUCGCAGACGAGCUCAAGGACCCCGGCAUCAUACAGCAGGCUGCUCUCAAUGUUCUACUGCUGGAUGCAGUCAUCAGAAGUGGGAAUGAACCUGUCGCCAGUCAUCACCAGAACUUGGAGAAGGCGGCCGAUGGUCUUUGUCACUUCACCAAACAGAUAAAAGAUGGUGGGAUUGUGCUGCCGGAUCCUGUCACGAAGGAAAUACUGCAGCAUCGUCUGAAUCCGAACAUCAGGGAGACUGAAAAGAGUGGUGUGGAGGUGUUACUCUAUACUCCAGGAUACAACGCCUCAGAGCGCGGACCGAAGCUAUGGUGCGGGAUGAGCAAUGGGAAAGUCAAGGUGUACGAUGCCAGUACUUGGCUACUGGAGUCGGAGAUACCACUGGCAAAUCACAUGGUGGUGAGCCUCCUCAACGUUGACGACAGUAGCGUGUGGGCGGGGUCACUUGAUGGUGUCAUCUAUGUGAUUGACAUGACGUCCAAGGUCUGCAACCAGCAGCUGAAGGAACACUAUCACAUGAUCUCUUACAUCACGUCUAGUCAAGACAAAACCCUGGUCUAUUCUGCGAGCGUGAAUGGUCUCAUCAUCAUCUGGAACGCAGAGCAGUUGUUAAAGUUACGUCAGAUAGAGCUGGCUGACGUCUACUCACUCAGGAACAUCAGUAUCAUUGAUGACAGUAUCUGGUGUGGUGUGAAAGAUGAAAUCCGCAUCAUCUCUCAGGCUGGUGAUCUUCUCGGGAAAGUCAGAUACACUGGUGCAGACAACCGAGUCGUUGAGUUGGAUUGUUUUCUAGUCACAGACAACGGACAGGUAUGGACCGGAUGCAGUCGGAAGAAACAGAUGGUGGUUUGGGAUGCGACGACGUUUGAAAUUAUCAAAGUGUUCGAGGUGGACUGCCGAGGCUUCAGCAAGAUGGUUCUUGUAGGUGACAAAAUCUGGGCAGGAUCGAAGGCAGGCAUUCUGUACAUCUUCGAUUAUCAUCAGCUAGAUUUGGAAAGGAAGCUGAAGGCACACGACGAUGCUAUUCGCUCCCUGUGCUCGGCCAUGAGCCAAUACGUGGUCAGUGGUGCUGGUGGGUCGGAUGGAAAGAUUGCAAUAUGGCGGACAUCGGCGAUGGAAUCUGCAACAGCGUCUCUUGAAUUGGAGCCGUAAAUUUGUGAAGAAUUUGGAAUACAUCGGGACAUGUCUGUUUGUGUACAUGUGUGUGUAGUGCCUUGCGAACCAGUACUUUUAUCGCUGCAACUCUGAAAUCGUGGUCAUUACCGUCGAAAAUGGAUUGGUGGUGAUGUUGUCAUAAUUCCAAAACGGUGCUUAUGUCAAUAAUCUUGUCAUUCGGCCAAAUACUUGAUGCAUAUCUGUAUUCUUGUUACAAUAUUAUUCCAAUAUUCCAAUGUUCAAGAAUAAAUUGGCAAUCAUGAAUGUGUUAGCUUAUCAUAA